AUGGCUCCUCGGGAAGACGAGUGGGAAAAGGAUGAAGAUGAGAGUGAGCCGCCUUGGCUCACUGAAACUGAGGAGGAUGAUGAUUAUUCUACAACUGUUCCUCCGGAAAUCCUGUUGAGUAUCGUGUCACAAUCAGUACCGUACGCUGUGAUGGGGUCGAUUACACCAACGAACAAUGCGUUUGGACCUGGAUUCACCGGCAACGCCCUCCCCACAGCCAGACCUGCUCUACCCAGUAUACGGCCUGACGGAUACCCGUCGGAUCGUCCAUGGCCGCCGUACAAUAUUCCUGAUUCCUCGACUCAAAGCUCAGAGAUGUCAACUUCAGCAACAACACCAUAUGCCGAUCAGUGGGGUAGUUCGUCACCAUGGACGACAUCUACCUCGCAAUCGACGCUCGAAGCAGAUGUGUCGCUAUCACCAAUUAGGCCAAACGGAGGACGGCCAUCAGACUGGAACUUUUCAAGAAAACACGCCAACAACACGCCAUUGUACGCCGCUGCCGCAAUAGUUCCCAUCGUCGUUCUUGCAAUCAUAGGCGGGGUAACCCUAGUCUGUCUGCGCAAGCGCAAGAGACGGAAGGCAGAAGCAAUGGCAACGGAGAACGUCGCUGAAGAAAUGAAGAUGCAACCACCAAAGCCAAACACACAACAACAAGAACAACCGAGCGUACAAGCUUACAUGGCACCACCACCAGGUUCACCACCACUGCCAACAGUUUCCGUAUCGCAUCCCCCACCAAACCACCUGUUACCGCCGACAUCAACCUCCAGCGCAUUCCAACCCAUAAUCCUUGGGCCCAUCGGCUCAGACUCGUCGAACGGCGCUUACCUCACUGGCAUGGAUACAUCGGAUAUGGUGUCCGUCUCCUCGAAUACACUUGGGCCAGUGGACAAUCCUUUUUCGGACAACAAUAGUCUUCGUGAGCCGCCACCGCCAUAUCGACCAUAUAGUGCUGCGCCGCCUAGCUUUACGACGAAUUCGAGGCAUAGUAGUCUGAGAGUAGCAGAUUCGCAAACAAGGCUUAUUGAUCGUGAUCCUUUUGGGGAUCCGGACAACGAUUCAGUUUCGGAACUGUCGGGAUCGACGCUGGGGAGAGAUAGGGAUGGAGAUGGGAUGAGCUUCAUGUCAGAUCUUUCUUAUCAGCGGUUCACGUAG